AUGAUGACUACUGCAGAAGUUGUCAAGAAGAAGGAAAAUUACACUAGUGUGCAUGAAGCAGUGAAAGCUGGGGAUGUAGAACAGCUUGCAUCGAUGAUAAAAAGUGGAGCCAGCAUUAAUGAGGUGGAUGUGGUUCACAAAUUCACACCCUUGCAGUGUGCUGCCCACUCGGGAAGUCUGGAGUGCCUGCAGUGGCUGCUCUGGCACGGCGCUGACCCCGCACGUGUGACGGCGAGAGGCUGGACUGCGGCUCACCUGGCGGCCAUCCGCGGGCAGGACGCCUGCAUGCAGGCGCUGUUAGUGAGCGGAGCGGACGCGGCAGCUCGGGACGAGCGCGGCUGCACGGCCUCGCACCUGGCUGCGGCCCACGGGCACUCGUACACGCUGCAGAGCCUGCUGCGCACCGGGGCGGAUGUAAAUGUUUCAGACAGGAAUGACUGGAAACCUGUUCAUUAUGCUGCUUUUCACGGUCGCUUGGGGUGUUUGCAGCUUCUUGUUCGAUGGGGAGCGUGUGUAGAUGAUGUGGAUAACAAUGGAAACCUUCCAGCACACCUGGCAGCAGUGGAAGGACACUUGCAUUGCUUUAAGUUCUUGCUCAGGAAAAUGGCCAGUGUUACACAGACUCUGAAAGCCAGGAAUGAUCAUGGAGAGACUCCAAGGGACUUGGCUGAACGGUUCUACAAAGACAAUAUUCUGCAAUAUAUCGAUGAUGUGGAAAAAGAGGAGGAACGUCCAGAGACACAGGAAGUUUUAGCUUUCCCAGCUCAUGAUGCUGCGUUCAGUGGGGACUUGUUAGUGGUUAGAAGCCUAGUGAGAAGUGGAGUAAUCAACAUUAAUGAGCAGGACGAUAAGGGAUCCACUCUCCUGCACAAAGCUGCUGAACAGGGGCAUAUCCAUUGCUUACAGUGGUUGGUUGAAAUGGGAGCUGACUGUGACAUUACAAAUGACGCUGGAGAGACUCCAAAGGAUGUAGCCAAGAGAUUUGGCCAUCUGGCAGCUGUGGAACUGUUGACACCAAGAACUGGAAACAGUAACUCUAGUGAUGAAGAACUAGAUGCAAACAACAUCAAGUUUUUUGAAACACAUGGUGUGGAAGGGAGUACAGACAGCAAAGAAGAUUUAACCCUGGAUAAAGCAGAGAAAAGGAAUGCACGUGUAAGGGCCUAUCACAAGAUUAAAGAACUUCAGAGACUUCUAGAAAUUGCCUACAGCAACUACAGACAGCUGGGGGGAGUAACUGAAGAGGAGAAGAAGAUGAGAAAAGAAGAAAGGAAAGUUGAGAAGGCUGUGAGGGAGCUGGAGGCGCAGCUGGAGUAUGAGCGAGUCAGGCGGGAGAAGCUGGAGAGCCAGCUGGAUGAUUACCGUGCUGAGAUAAACCAGCUCCGAGAGGCCCGGGGCAAAACCCGCACCGCCUCCGUGGAAGCUGAGACAAUGGCCAAGUCUUGCAAAGACGAAAAUAAAGAAGCAGCCAGCCUGCAGCCCAGGAGGAGUGCGACUACACUGAGGAACAAACCUCCAAGGAGGGGCAGCAGACUGGAGAAGAAAUCAGCUGCAAACAGAUGGAGGAAUUAACAACUGUAGAGCAGAGCCUCCUAACCCUCCCAGAUUGCUGCAGGUGUGACAGAACAAUUCCAGAAGCCAAUGGCUUGUCUCAGCAGUGCUGAGAUGGGAGGCCCAAUGCAGCAGCCUGAGGAGUCACGUUUCCAGGGACACAUCCCAACAACUAUGCUGGAUGCCUCAGAGCACCACAGGCUACAGGGGCUUGUGCUACUGUCACCCAGCUCCUGGAAACUGCACUGCAGGAGAGCUGGCUGCACAAGGCUCAUGUUAGACAUCCCAGAUUUCCCAUGGAACCAAAAUGACAAUGAACUGCAAAAUGAGUUGUCCAACACGACAGCACUCCUGAAACCUGACAAGUUGUCUUUUGGAUUUGUUACACUGCUGUUUCAAUUAGUGUUAGAAUAAAGCUAAUUACAUUUGCCUUUCAACUUAUUCUUCCAAAUAAAAUGCAUUACUCUUUUUAUCCAGCUCCUACACAAUAAAAACGUCACUGGUUAUGUAAAUAUUUGAGAAGACUAAUCUCAAAUUAUGUUUUUGAGUAAGCAGAAAUCUGUUCAGGGGAAAAGUACAAGUCCUGCCACACAGAAACUGUGUGCCAGUGAAGACUCAGUGGGAGGCAGAACUGGUCACUCUCAGACCAGUCCUGAAUGACAGAAAACCUUCAGGUAAACGGCUUCACCAAAACUUCUGCAGCAACUCCAUCACAUCAAUAGCUGCUGCAGCAAGCAGAGGUACUGUCAAACUGGGUAAGGUAUUUAGACUUGUAAUUUUUUUAAUCAUGUCUAUAUUCAUCCUAAUCUCAGUUCUGGGCACAAUCCUAGUCCCAUGGUGGCAUCCUUCCAGCUCUUCUGUGUUCUCUGUCACAUUUCCAACUGGAGGGGGAGAGGGAGAUCUCCUCCUCCCAAUUCCAGUUGCUUGCUGCUACAGCUGACCUCAUAUAGCAUUUACUCUUGAACAGAAUUUUAUACAGCCAAACCCAGUACCAGUACUCACCUCCUUGCCUGUCAC